AUGGCGGUCGACGAAGAUGCUCAGAUCAAAUCAGACGACGCGUCGCUCAAGGAGAGUGUACGGCUCGAAACGGUCGAGAACAUGGGUGGCGUGGGUGCGGCCGAGGAGGAAGAAGACCCAGUCGUGAGUUUCAAGACAUGGGUCGUGGUGUGGAUUCUUUCCUGCGGCUACGGCCUCUCGUUCUGGCCCAUUCCCGUCAUGGCCAAUAUUGGUGGAUUGGUCGCUGCAGAGCUUGGGGAACCCGAAAAGGCAUAUUGGUUCAUCCCGGCAUGGACGAUUUCGAUUACCGUCUGUUUCAUGCUCUGCGGCGCAAAUACGGAUCUGCUCGGCCGACGCUGGUUCUUGGUGCUGGGGAAUCUGGUCUGCACAAUCGGCCAUAUCAUCACGGCGUCCAAACCAAAUGCCAGCGCCGUUAUCGCAGGCAUGGCGAUUUCCGGCUUCGGAGGAGGCAAUUGCCAGAUGGCAGCAUUCGCCCUUUCGGAACUGCUCCCCAAUAAGUGGAGGCACAUUGGCGUCGUCAUUGCCGAUAUCACCACCAUCAUUGCCGUCAUCAUCGGCCCAGUCACCGCCCGGUUCGGCAUCGAGAGCCAUACCUGGCAAUGGAAUUUCUGGGCGGCCGCGAUCGCCCAAUUCCUAUCCUUCUUGGGCCUUCUGUUCCUCUACUUCCCCCCUGCUCAUCCAUACGGUAUACCAUUCCGACAAAUGGUCAAGGAAAUCGACUACGUCGGUGGCCUCCUCUUCAUUGCUGGAGCCGUCCCUGUGCUCAUGGGCAUCGUGUGGACGACCGUCUACCCUUCCAAUAGCCCAUAUGUUAUCGGACCUUUGGUCGCUGGGUUCGGGUGUCUAGUUCUCUUCGCCCUGUGGGAGCGGUUUGCCAAGAUCAAGCACCCCCUGACCCCGACGUACGUCUUUACGUCGUCCUACGGCAGAGACCUGACAGCACCUGCGAUUGCGUUGGGCGUCGUGAACAUGUUUUACUACUCUAGCAGCAUCCUGUGGCCCACGAUGAUUCAAGCGCUAUACACCAAUGGAGGGACCAACUGGCGCUAUGGCAUCAUACUUUCCCUCCCCCAGGGCUUUGCGAUCUUGGCUGGCGCACUGGGACUCGCUCAGUUUGGCAGCAGGAUCAGACACUGGCAGUGGCAGUUGACGGGGUCUGUCUUCGUCAUGGUCUUUUUUGGAUCGCUACUUGCCCUGGUCAACACCCACAACAAAGGAUUAAUGCUGGCAUUUGUUUUCCUGUCGCAGGCCGGUUAUGGUUGGGCCAUCUAUCUCGCCAUCGCUGUCAGCCAGAUGGGUGUCGAGCACAAAGACCUGGGGAUCAGUGGUGGGAUUUCAGGCGUGGCUCGCUUCGCGGCGGGUUCGAUGGGCACUUCUGACAAUGACCGAGUUGGCGCGGCCGUCUAUACCACGAUUUUGACCAAUACUACUAACGACUGGAUCACGAAGCUCGUUCCCUCGGCAGCGUUGGAUGCCGGUCUGGCUCAAUCGAGGGUGGCAGACCUGAUGGAGGCGGUUGGAACACCGGCGUUGGCCGAGGAUUUCAGCCCCAGGGUCGUCUCCGCUGUGGCACAAGCACUCGCAGAAGCUAAUGUCCACGGCAUCAGGUCAAGCUUAACCAUCUUUCAACGUUCUGGGCAGUUUCCUAAUCUAGUCUACAGAGUCGUGGCCUUGGCCUCGAUGGCAUUCGGUAUCGUCGGUAUCAUCGCCGCCGCUCUCUGCAAGGAUGUCGAUUCCAAGAUGAACAAUAAGGCACGGGCACUCCCCUGCGCAAUCAUUCUGAUCACUAACGACUACUCCAGAUUGAGGUCUACCUCGAGAACACCGGACAGGCACCUAGAAAUAUCCACCACUAGGCUGCUCAUAGAGCGCUGA